CGAGCGCGAACACCUUGAUGGGAUGGCCACGCUCCUACGCCUGUAUCUUUUCUAUUUCUCUUUCUCUUCUUCUCUAUUUUCUCACAACUUAUGGACUAAUGUACGAUACGGGAUAUGGACGGAUUUAUUUUCCUUUUUGCCCUUGUUUUUUUUUUCUCCCUCGUGUCUGGGCAUCUCUCUGUUAACUCCCCCCUUGUUUUCUUUUAUUUCCUAUUCUCUGAUGUAUUACUCUCGGAUCGGCAGAUUGUAUUACUACCUAUUACCGAUAUUGUCUCUUCUUCUUCUCCUUCUUGCACUUUCUCCUUUACCUUUUCCGGGAUAUCUAUGGGGUUCGAUCAUAUUUACAUCUUCCAUCUUCCGGGGUUACGUUUAUUUGUCUUAUCUACCUGCCAGCUUGCUUGCUUAUUUAUUUGCUUGAUUACCUUGCUACAUACCAAAGUCGCAAUGGCGUGAUUGAUUGAUUGAUUGAUUGAUUGGCUGAUUAACAUACUUUCA